CAGGUCUCUUUCUACCACCAUCUUUCUCCCAGAAUCUUUCUCCCAUGAUCUUCCUCUCAUCGUUUUCCUCUCAUCAUCUUCCUUCCAUCAUCCUCUUCCCAGCAUCUUCGUCCCGGUCCUCCAAAUGCCUCGCAAAGUCUGCCGAAUUCGUCGCCGCGCCGGUGAACCCCUCGGCCUAGCAAUAUAUCCCGCAGAAACUUUCAUGAACCUCCCCCGCGAAGUCCGAGAAAUGAUCUACGAACAUCUUCUCAUAGACUCCUCUCCCAUCAUCGUCUACUCCGAACCGCCAGAUCCACCAGAUGCCGCCAAACGCGCACGAACUCAUUCUUGGUCUUCGAAAUAUCCCCAUCUCACCCUUGGUCUCUUGCACGUGAAUAGGACGAUAGCCAUAGAAUCCGCAUCCCUGUUCUAUGCCCACAACACCUUCAAAUUCGGCGACUUGCACCACCCCACACAGCCUCAGCAUUAUGGUUUCCCCGACCACACCGGCAUCGAGUACUGGGAUGCCAUCUACUCCUUCCUCUACUGCAUCGGCCCCCAAAACCGCGCCCGUCUCCGCUCCAUCGAGGCCGACAUCUCGCGUCCCCCGCCCGUCAUAAAGGACACCGACGGCACAGUAUCCUCGCGUAUACCUGGCUCCUGGAUGCGUAAAGUGCAUUCUAGAGACCAGCACACGCGCAUCUAUCCCCCCGUAUACGAUGCGACGUGGCCCGAUUUUGCAUACGAUGACGUGUCUCCGGCCAUUGACGCCGUGUUUCGGAUCCUAGGGCAGCAGGGACUCAAGCUUCAGCUGAGUUUGAUUAUGGAAUAUGACAGGUGGCCUCAAUUGUACUACGAAGAGCAUUAUGUGAGCGGGUGGAGCGAAGAAGUACCGGACCAUGUGGAGGCGAUGCGGAAACGGUUUACUCUGCUCCAGAAUGGGGAGGGAGAGAGGGUGGAGGUGCUUUGGAAGGGAGGGGGAGAGAAGGGCCGGUUUGUAAGGAGUACAAAGAGUCUAGUGGAGGGGGGCUGGGAAAUAGUAGAUGUGCAGGAUAUCUAUGGGCCACCUGCGGAAUUCACAAGUCGAAUACGUCUCACAGCGUCAGUCUGUUUUACACUGAAAAGGAAGGCAGUUACUAGCAUGUAAGACAAGGGGAUAGUACUGUGGUUGGGGGAUGAUGCCGGCUCAAAAAAGCCGAGAUAAUAGGGCCGCUUCCGGAAGGGCGAAUAGAUAGCGACGAGUUUCCGAAGAAGAUUAAAGUAGUAAAUCUACCUUAGCAAUGCAACGGGAUUAUACCAGCAGUUGGUUGAUCUGCGAC